CUAGAUCAUCAACACGCUACUCAUUGGGAAAUUCAAAUUCAGAUAAACUAUCUGUAUUGCAUCCCAUCCCCUUCUAUACAACGAUGAUAAUCCCCGGGCGCGUUGCACUUCAACGCCAGGUUAUCACUCACUUGCGCUCGGCUGAGCAUCAAACUCAACCAUGCGGCAUCGAUCUUACACUCAAGCGCGUAAUGAAGUGGUCAUCGUCCGGCACGAUCGACUUCGACAACUCCCAACGCAAAACCGCUCAGACUAUCGAAAUCCCAUUUAAGCCUCGCUCCAAUUCUGGUAACACUUCACUUCAUGAUGUUCCCCAGCAGACACAUGAUCCAAACGUCUCACUCUCUAAGGAAUACCUGGAUAUAUCUUGUGGCUCAUAUCUGGUCGAGUUCAAUGAACUCGUGGACAUGCCACUUGAUCUCAUGGGUCAAAUUCUAGUGCGCAGUUCACUAUUUCGCUCCGGUGCGCUUAUAAAUGCUGGUGUCAUGGACAGCGGAUACAAAGGCGCUGUUGGUGCGAUGUUACAAGUGGUCAAUCCUCACGGAUUGCGCUUACUUCGGGACGCGAAGCUUGCACAAAUGGUCUUCCAUCAGAUGAGUGAGCCUGUCGAUGGUUACAGUGGCGUUUACCAGGGGCGUUCAUUUGUCUAGAAUAUAAAACCACGUGAUAGGCCCUAAUUUGAAGGCCUGUAGCUAUUUUAAAAGCCUCAUCCAUUUCAAUCUACUUUGUUAAAACUCCGG